CUUGACACUAAUUUUUCUUCGAGAAUGCAAUUCUUCCUCUUUCUCACCUUUUUGUCUCUUUUUUCUCUGUAGCUCUUGUUGGGCCCCACCCCUUCCCACUCGUUGUUCCAUAUUUUUCAUUCACUCAUUCAUUCAAGUCCUUUCGUUCUUUAUCAACGCAAUUUUUCAUUCUUUUUAAUCUUUGACGCAUAAUACCAACCAUCAACAAAUAACUCUUUCCAAUCGUUAUGGCGUUCGCCGUUCACCGACUUAUUCAAAAUCGAUUUAUUCUUUCCACCAGCAUUCUCGCAAUUAGCGGGUGGAUCAUAGCAUUCGCUGGUGCAGUUUCAUUGCAAACACUGUACGGCGCAUGGUGGGUCGUGGUCUAUCAAGCUUUCAUCGUCGCUUUUAGCUUGUUGCUGUUCAUGUCCAACACAAUGGCUCAGUAUAGAUUAACGUUCCUCACGUUCAUCGCUGCUAGCAUUCCACUGCUCACCAUACAGGCCGAUUAUGUGAUUCAGUACACCAAACCAUCAGUUCCAAAAGAUCCAGCAAACGCUUACGCAGCUGGAUAUAUAAUUCUUGUUUUUGUCCAGUACCUAUGGGUGAUCGUGUUUGGUAGCGAUCCAAACAGUUAUCUAGGAGCCUUUGGCCGAAUUGUAGACGAUGAACAGCCGCAACAUCAACAAGCAAGCUAUCAUCAGCAACAACAAGCAUCUAUUGAACAGCCAGUCUACUUGACAACCGAAAAACAUCUGGACGACACAACAGCAGUUAUGGAUAAACGCAUUGUGAUGCCACCAUACCCUACAGCAGCCCCGGUUACAGUUACUCCAACAGAUAACACGGCGUACUCUCCUGCUACAACCACCACACCACUCCAGCAACAGCCACAGCAACAAUCUUCACCACAACAGCCGACCCAUUCCGAGUAUUUGCCACCGGCAGUUGAAUACAUUGAAAAAGUCGAAGCACUCCAUGCGUAUAAAGCAAACCAGGAGGAUCCAAACGAGCUGAGCUUUGAGAAAGGAGAAAUACUGGAAGUCGUAGAUAGAAAAGGAAACUGGUGGCAGGCCCGCAAAAGCAAUGGCGCGAUUGGCAUAAUCCCAAGCAACUACUUUGCACCACCAACAGCUAGUAACAGCAGUGCUGGAUCUAAUUAGUAACCAACCGAGAAAUAGGUUACUGUAUACCACUAAAUCUUUUAACGACAAGAUUAAUACUUAUUACCGCACUAUAUUUUAUCGCCCUCCACCUCCAUUAAAUCCGUUCAUAUAUGUUGUUAAAUGAUUAUAUACAACUACUGCUAUUUUGUUCUUUAUCAACCAGACACUAGACAUUUUAUACUGUGUGUAUGCAUUGUGUCACACUCAUAGGUGCGGCCACUACAUCAGGUAUCUUGUGCAUGUAUGGGGCUUAAUAAAAAGGCUUCGCAUGUUGAAUGUUUUUUGCAUACCUUGGC